AUGGACGGUGUUGUGUGGGUCUUGGCGCAAGCGCCCGGCGCUUUUACCAUGCUGGGCUUGUUGGAGCGUCAGACCGUCCUCAUGCAUGCCGCACAGGAUGCGGAUCAACAUGACAAAGCCUCCAUCAGUUUCAAAGAGCUUGUGCAACUCUAUCUUGUCAUGCAAAUGCCCUUGACCACGGUGGACCCCUAUGGCUGGAACGCCGAGAUGCUUGCAGCCAGGAAGCUGAGAAGAAAUCACGUGGAGGUCUUACGGCAUGAAGUUGUGGGUACCUGGUACCGUGAUUACAAAGAAGCUUGCAAGAAGUGGUUGAGUACCUCAGAUUUUAUGUCCAACGCUUUGUCAGACGGAUAUGUCAAUGCUUCUUUGAUGUUUGCUCGUCUUGCUCGAAUCUUGCUGGUGGUCUUCGUGAUCCUACUGAUGCUCCUGAUCGUUGAUGGAUGUCAGUCCUUCUGUGGCUGCCAGUGGGAUCCAAUUUGGAGGAUCAAGACCGAAGUGCAGAAGUGCGGGUGGGACUAUGACGAUGCAGGCUUCCUCCUCUUGGUUGACAUGUCCUUCAGGGUCCUCUGGCUCUUAAUGAUCAAUACGGCAUUUCUGCAAGUGCCUCCUUUGCUGACCACGGGCUAUGAGAACCAAGUCCUUCCGGGCGUGGGCAACAUUCCAUCCGUGAGCAUCUGGAAUCCUCUUCCCAUGACGGCUGUUGUGAUCGGCUGUCUUUCCUUGGUUUCGGCAACGCUGUGGGCCUAUUUCGACUAUUGCAACGCAGUGCCCAAUUGGGCCGCAGAUGAGAAGACGGCCGAGUGGGCCGCAAGGUCCAGUCUCGACACCGCUUCCUACCAGCACAGCACAAGACCCACAAAAUUCGCAUCCACAGCUACGACCUCAGCUAAAAUGGAGACCUCUUCAUCCACCAUUCCAGCCUCCACAACAGCGAGCUACCCACCGGGAAACAAACCAACCUGGUCUAGCUCAUUUGGAUUGAUCUGUGAUGAGAAAGAAGUCCAGAAGAAAUUGAAGAAGCCAAUACCAGAGGACCGGUUUCAAGAUCCCACUUCCCAUUUCCUUGGCUGCGUUUGCAUUUUUGUGCUGGUGACCAGUCUCAUGGUCAUUUACAUAGAGACAAUUCUGCAACCAUUGGAGAUGAAUCCCAAGAGGAUGGGCCUUUGGUUGGGUGCUCUACUGGUGCAAGUCCGGAUCACUUUGGAUGACAAGACCUUAAAGGAAGAGGAAGGAUACAACAAAACACCCCCCACAAAGAAGCAUCAGGCAAGCCAGCGCGAAGCCUAUUACUACAGCCAGCUGCAGCUGUGUGAGCAUCAGGCGACCGAUCUGGCCUCCGAUUUCGAGAGUGAAGGUGACGAGCACGGCGCCAAGAAAACGCCAGAACAUUCAGAUGCACAGCUCCUGCGGCAUUGGCUACGCUGGGCCUGUUGCAUGGUGACGCCUGAAAAUCGAGAAAUGUGGGGCUUGCACCUGUCGGCUCGACGCUGGAACAGCAGUAUCACGCGGGAGGCCGAGGCCGAAGCCAAGGUGAGCCAUGGGAAAGCACCAUGUUUUCGGCGGUGGAUCGUCGCUGGUUGUGGAUUGAAACCAUCAAGAACUGCGGCUCAAUCUUGCAGAAACAAGAUGUUGCACUGUUAA